CUCUCUCAAAUGCGACCCCUCGCGCCUUUUGCAUGAACGUGUCUCGUCUUGAGAGUUCGCCCAGACUUUCCUUGCUACUCUGCUGACCUACGCUCCUUUCCUUUCUGACCUUUGUUCCGCUGGCGGGCUUGUUGUUAAUUACCUACCUACUCAUAUUCCUUCCUUCACUCAAACACCAUCCUUACCAAAAUUUAAACCCCGACUACGCUGGUCGCAGUCCUCCAGGCCUUAGGACUUGAGCCCAUCUUCGAUCGCGAAGGCUUUUCAUAUCGCUGGUCGAUUGCGCGGAUUAUGUCUGGUGGAGGAAUCGAGCGGCAGGAAGACUGAGAGGGGCUCUCCCUAUCCAAAAGGCUAUCACAUUUCGGACACAAUGCCUGCUACGCGGCUCCUUGGAGUUUACAACAGAGUUGGUUAUGUGGUUGUCGACAAGGAUGGAGUCAAGCACAAGAGAAAGCUGCAAUCGGAAGAGCCAAUGGCCACUAUAAACCGCAUACUUAGACGAUCUCGUUCGCGCCGACAGCAACCACAACCACCAAACCCAAAUGACACGGAUUCCGACAGCGAGGACGAUGAAUACGAGUACUCGGCGCCGACGUCAACGUCAACUCCUUCGAUCGGAUCGUCGUCAGGAUCUGCAGCUCUCGUAAACCCAUCGACCACCACCACACAGUCUAUCCCACAGUCUACUCCAGCUGCUCUCGCUGCUAGCGAGCCGUCCGAGUCAAUGGCAAUGUCACCAUCGCCUCUCGCUGAGCAGGGAUCCGGCGAUACUAGCCCCAUCUCGCAAACAACUGAGCACUUGCUCAUUGCGGCUGGUUCCAUUGGUGCAACAAUCAUCAUUGUCAUGGUAGUGCUUGCAAUUUACACUAUGCGAAAACGUGGUCUCUCCAUGAGGGAUGUUGUCCAGCAGGGCAAACAGCAAUUCCACAGUGGCCCACCGCCACAACUGUCCUCUCGAUACGGACAAGACAAGAAAUAUGCCUUUGACGAUGAACGUGGUUAUGGAAUGAAUGAUACAAUCGACCCCCCUCGACCAGCUGCAAUCCCAGUAAGGUCUAGCUCGACGUCAUCACAGAAGCGCCUGCAACCGCUUGGACGCAGCGACAGUUUCAGUCAACCCACUACUAGAGACGGCAACCAAAGCUUCUUUGACGAUGCUCUCUCGCGGGAUGACAAUCAAACGCCAGUCUCGCCCAGCUUUCCAAUUGAAGGUAAACGGCGGAGCGCAUCAACCCGUAACACCAGAUCACUGGACAACGACGAGGACUUGCAAUUUGCCGAGACUCCAUCGCGCCCACCAAGCAACCUCCCAGCUCCUCCAUCGUUCCGUCAGUUCCUCUCCAACCGCCCAUCCAUCUCUCAACGACCUGGGUUUGGAGGUGCAGGAGGCAUGGCAAGCAGGUUCAGCUGGACAAACUCGCAGGCUCCUCAAACACCCCAUGACCCGUCCCGCGAUACUGUUGCACAGUCAGUUGCCCGUGAGAGUUUUAUGACAUCGCGCUCUUCUGUCCCUCGCUUCCGCACUGUCGACUCUUGGGUUAACCAGCAAUCUAAUCGCGUGGAAGAGCAACGCCUCAAGCAGCAAUUCCGCAUGACGCAAUCUACUACCUAUUCCGAUGAUGACAUUCCUGAAAUGCCAGCCCUACCAUCCUCUGUUCCCAAGAACGCAAAUGGUAUCACCAGGCAGCCCAGCACCAAGAGUGGACUUGUAGGAAGGGAUAUCAAGCAUCAGAGACACGACACGCAGACGACGGCACCAAUCUUCAAAGCGCACCCGGGAACUGAAGUACGAUUCAGCACACGAAGCGCAGUGCCUUCAGAGAUUCUAGAUAGGGGCCGCCAGAACGCCGCACUGUAAAGCCCGACAAGAUGUUUUUUUACAGACCACCUAACUACCUGUUACUUUGACAUAAACACCCACUAUUUUUUGCAUUCAUCCUUGGAUUAGCGUCACUUCUGUUGCAUCUUCAUUGCGCGGUUAUGGGAACUGGCGAAAACAGCAUUGGGCUUGGGAACGACUGGAAUCAAGCGGAUUGAAUAAUACCCACACAACACUCACGCAGAUACACACACAUACUGAUUCUGGAGCUUUUCGUUUGCAUUUUCGAGCUCACUCUAUUUCUCCCACAAAGGACAUGCGAAGUUAUACCCUAGCUCGACCUUUUGUGUAGCUAAAGCUUUUUCAUUAUAGUUUUUUUGGUCUCUUUCUACUUUGUCUUUUUGUACAUUGCAAACUUAUAUUCAACAUCCAUU